ACCUUCGAAGGGAUAAAAUGGAAAAGGAUAGCAUAGAAGAACUUGGAAUUACCAACGUUCGGAGAUCUUUCAAUUGGAGUUCAAAUUUCUUGAAAUGCAUGGGAAUUUGGCCAUUGAAGAACUACCUUCCUCUAUUUCUCUUCUUCUUCACAUAUCUUUUCAUUCAUUGUUCUCUAACACUCGCGCAUUUGCUUUUAGCUGAAAAAACGGUGGAUAAUGUCUUAAUGAACCUAGCAGAAAAUAUUGAGUUAACAAUGACACUUACAAAAGUAACAAUCACUAGAGUAAGGAGAGAAACAUUGGGUAAAUUAUUUACGGAAAUCAAGGAGUAUGCACUCACUGAGAAAUAUGAAACUAAACAGGAGAAAUUGACAUUCUUGAAUUAUACUAAAUUACCUCUAUAUUUUAUUGUAAUAAUUGCCUUUUCAAUGGGAUUGGCCGAAGUACUGUAUUAUGUGAGUCGAGUAGUCGAUGGAUUUCAAAUUGCAAGGUAUAACGUUACGAUGGGAUAUGAGUUACCGUACAGAACAUUAGAAUACAUCGAUAUAACGGACGGCUGGAUUUACGCUUUGUUCUGUGCUUAUCAAAUAAUAUUCAUACCUUGUGUCGUAUUAGGUUACGUAGGAUUUGAUUGCAUGUUCGUCAAUUUAUCCAUUCAAGUAAUUGCACAGUACGCCAUAUUGUCCUAUAAGGUGGAGACGGUAUUAAAUAGUUGUGAAAAUUUUCAUAAGGGUAUGAAGGAACUUGUACUACGACAUUAUCGACUGAUAAGAUUGACGGAAGAAUUGGAAAAUACCUUUAAUUUCUCGAUUAUGCAGCAACUGAUGGGUACUACCAUGCAUAUCUGUAUUUCUGGUUACUACUUAGUGACGAGUAAAGAAAUGAAUGAUAGUAUAACGUUGAUCUUGUUCAUUGUAUACAUUUCUUCUGUUAUAACAACUCUUUUUAUUUACUGUUUCAUCGGCGAAUGUUUUAUUCAGGAAAGUACCAAUUUUGGUAAUGCCAUUUAUAAUUACGAGUGGUAUAACUUACCACCAACGAACACAAAAUUUUUUCUCAUGUGUAUGAUACGAACGAAAAAACCGCAAUGUCUAACUUCUGGCAAAUUUGCUGUCUUAUCCUUGACCAUCUUCACAGACAUUCUUAAAACUUCGAUGGGAUAUUUGUCGGUACUGCGAACAUUUGUAUAAAAUGAACAAAAGUGAAAUGGAUUACGUAGUAACAAAAUCUUUUAUUUUUUUCUUCAGUGAUUUUCCUUCGUAGGAAGAAAAACGGUUUGUCUAUACAUCGUUGAUUUGUAUUAGCGUUAUGAAAUAUAUAAAUAAACUUUUAGG